AUGGCGUCAGCCGCCGCCUCAAUCGGGUCGCUCCCAAAUGAGCUUCUAGACGAGAUCAUCCUUCUUCUUUCGACACCUCCUCCAUCCUCGUACAGGCUACACCGACCUCCGAGCGUUAACAUAACGAAGUCGGGAACCCGCAACCUCAAGAACCUGUCCCUCACAUGUUCUCGCCUCCUUGACCUUGUCCGACCUCGCCUGUUCUCGCACUGUUGCUUCAAGCUAAGGGACCUGGAUAGAUACCUUGCGUUUGUCUCAUCGGAACUGUACCGCUAUGUGAUAUCUGUGGUGGUAAAAGGAGACUCUCUUUCUGAUGAUUAUGAGGGUUUCGGGCCAUUUUGGUGGCGGCGCCUGUUACACUCCGUUCGGCCGCUACACUUCACGAUAAUUGCGCCGCCAUCGUUCAUAAAGGGGAUGCUAGGGAUGCAAAUUCCCGAGGAGCAUGGCUGGGCUUUUGAGAUACCGCUUCAGCUUCUACAGCUGAAUUGUGACGGACGAGGUCCGACGCCUGCACCGGCUUCGCAAGUCAACGAGCAGUCUACUCUCCUAGACUGUCUGCCGUGGUCAUCCAUGUUUUUCAAUGAAUCCUCCUCACUCAAAGCUUACAAUCACUACGAGUACUUUCUAUAUCAAGUCCCUUCCUUAUUCCAUCGCUGGAGCUCAUUGGUAUCCGCCAAAUCUCGGCCUCAUCGACCGCGUCUAUCCUUCUCGUUGGAGAAUCUGACGUCUUUCACCUAUGUGGCCGUCUUUCCUUUUUACAACCAUGUUCAACUCGUGUUAGAUGCCGUGGAACUGAUGACCAACCUUCGCUCCUUGAGCAUACAGUUAGGCCCUUCUCGAAAUGACAGGGUGACAGAGCUUGAGCAGCGAGGCUCAAUGGACCCUAGUGAUCCUUGGAUGGAGCUUGCGACAGGAUACUCACUGAUUGCAAACGCAGUCAGAGGUCUAGGAAGAACGAGCCGCCUCUCCAGGUUCACAGCUUGUGACUACCAAAUGGAAGCUGUUCGGGCUGAGAUAGAUGUGAUACUCGGGGAUAUUCUUUGCGAUGGUCCAUGGACGCACAAUGGACAUGGCACUUGGAUCAAAAAUAUGGUCCAGGACUCAAACGUGGAGAGUGAAUGA